CAUAAAAUUUUCCAUUUCAUAACUCACACUUAUCAAUUUUGUCAGGGUACAUCAAAGUAUCAAACCCCUUUUUCCCUUAAGAAAAAAAAAAAGUAUACAAAUCCCGACACUACCAAUUCCCGCGAUCUUUAAUCUGAAACUGAAAAGCUUAAAGUCCACCACACCACCACCAAAUUGUGUUCACAUAAUUUUUUUUUUUCUCAUUCAGUUUUCAUUCAAAAGUUUUUCCCCCAUUUUCUCUCUCCUCCAUUCGCAAUCUACAAAUCAUCACUUCAUCACUUUGUCUUCUGAGAUUUUUCACUCGUCAAACAGUUUAACCCUAAUUCUCUCAAAUUCGUUCUUCAAAUACUCCAAUUUUCCCCCUUUUUUAAUCGAUUUGAUCACGCAACUGGUUUCUCGAUUGAGCUAGGGUUUCGAAUGUUGUAAUUGAAGGGAAAAAAAUAUGGCAAGAGUUCUCGACAAUUGGGAGCGCCUUGUUCGAGCUACUCUCCGGCGAGAGCAGCUUCGGACUGCCGCUCCUACUCAUGAGCGCCACCCUAGCGGCCUCGCUGGAGCUGUUCCGCCUUCGCUCGGCCGUGCUUCCCAUAUUGAUGCUAUUUUGCAGGCUGCUGAUGAGAUUCAAGAUGAGGAUCCUAAUGUUGCUCGCAUUUUGUGUGAGCAGGCAUAUUCUAUGGCACAGAAUCUGGAUCCUAAUAGUGAAGGCAGAGGUGUCCUUCAGUUCAAGACUGGUUUGAUUGCUGUCAUUAAGCAAAAACUUGCCAAAAGGGAUGGAGCUCAAAUAGAUCGUAACCGUGAUGUUGAACGCCUAUGGGAAUUCUAUCACCAAUACAAGAGAAGACAUAGAGUGGAUGAUAUUCAACGUGAAGAACAAAAUUGGCGAGAAUCUGGGGUCUUUAGUACCAAUUUUGGGGAAUUGGUGGAAAUGAGGAAGGUUUUUGCUACAUUGAGGGCUCUUGUUGAAGUGAUGAAGGAAUUGGCAAAGGAUGCGGCUCCUGAAGUGGGAAGAUUAAUCUUUGAGGAAUUAAGGAGAAUAGAAAAAUCUGAUGCUACAUUGUCUGGCGAGCUCACACCAUACAACAUUAUUCCUUUGGAAGCUCCUUCCUUGACUAAUGCAAUUGGAGCUUUUCCAGAGGUUAGAGGUGCUGUAUCUGCUGUAAGGUAUAUUGAAAGCUUCCCUAGACUGCCUGCUGCUUUUGAGAUUCCUGGCCAUCGGGAUGUGGACAUGUUCGAUCUUUUGGAAUAUGCCUUUGGUUUCCAGAGGGACAACAUAAGAAAUCAACGUGAAAAUGUCAUCCUUUUAAUUGCAAAUGCACAAUCUCAUCUUGGGCUCCCAGAUGAGCGUGAUCCUAAAAUAGAUGAGAAAGCUAUAUAUGAAGUUUACCUGAAAGUGCUGGACAAUUAUUUCAAAUGGUGCAAGUAUUUGCGGAUACGGAUUGCAUGGAAUAGUUCUGAUGCAAUUACUCGGGAGAGAAAGCUUAUUUUAGUUUCGUUGUACUUUCUAAUUUGGGGUGAGGCUGCCAAUGUCCGUUUUCUUCCUGAAUGCAUAUGCUACAUUUUCCACUUUAUGGCGAAGGAGUUAGAUUCAAUAUUAGACCAUGGAGAAGCAUAUAUUGCUGAUAGCUGUAAAUUGGAAAAUGGUUCAGUCAACUUUUUAGAGAAAGUUAUAAAACCAAUAUAUGAUAUAAUAGUUCAGGAAGCUGAAAGAAAUAACAAUGGAAGAGCAGCACAUUCAAAAUGGAGAAAUUAUGACGAUUUUAAUGAAUAUUUCUGGUCGCCAACAUGCUUUGAGUUAGGAUGGCCAAUGAAGGAGGAUUCAGCAUUUUUGAGAAAACCUAAUAAACGGAAAAGGACUGCAAAAAGCAGUUUUGUUGAACAUCGGACGUUUUUCCACUUGUAUCGUAGUUUUCAUCGGAUGUGGAUCUUUUUGGCUAUAAUGUUCCAGGUUUUAACGAUUAUAGCAUUUAAUGAUAAGCUGAAUCUGAAUACAUUUAAGAUCCUACUGAGUGUUGGGCCAACAUAUGCUGUCAUGAAUUUUGUGGAGAGUUGCUUGGAUGUUCUGCUUAUGUUUGGUGCUUACACAACUGCAAGAGGCAUGGCAAUUUCAAGGCUUAUUAUUAGGUUCUUUUGGUGGAGUUUAAGUACUGCUGCUGUUAUCUAUUUCUAUCUGAGGGUUCUUCAGGAUUGGAAUAAGCAGCAAACUAAUUCAUCAUCUUUCCGCAUUUAUAUUCUUAUGCUUGGUGCUUAUGCUGGAGUGCGCUUUGUUUUUGGUGUAUUAUUGAAGAUUCCUGCCUGUCAUACAUUGUCUAAAAAGUCCGAUCAGUCAUUCUUUCAAUUUUUUAAAUGGAUUUAUCAGGAGAGAUACUAUGUUGGACGUGGUCUGUAUGAAAAGCCGAUAGAUUAUGCCAGAUAUGUUGUCUAUUGGUUGGUGAUCUUUGCAAGCAAAUUUACGUUUGCUUACUUUCUCCAGAUUAAGCCCUUAGUGGAGCCUACAAGAAUUAUUGUGCAGAUUCGAUUCGAUGAAUACUCAUGGCAUGAUUUUGUCUCAAAGCAUAAUUAUAAUGCGCUUACUGUAGCAAGUCUAUGGGCUCCUGUCAUUGCUAUAUAUCUUAUGGAUAUUCACAUAUGGUACACGCUUUUAUCGGCUCUUGUAGGUGGUGUGAUGGGUGCACGAGCUCGACUUGGCGAGAUACGUUCAAUCGAUAUGGUGCAUAAACGUUUUGAGAGCUUCCCUGAAGCCUUUGUGAAGAAUAUGGCAUCUUCCAGAACAAGAAGAUUGAUGGCUUUUGCUCGACAAAAUUCUGAGGAGGAUAACAAGACAUUUGCUGCCGUUUUUGCUCCUUUCUGGAAUGAGAUCAUCAAAAGUUUGCGUGAAGAAGAUUUCAUCAGCAAUAGGGAAAAAGAUUUGCUCUAUAUGCCCAGUAACUCUGGUAGCCUUCGUCUCGUUCAGUGGCCUCUGUUUCUUCUAAGUAGUAAGAUUUUGAUGGCUAUUGACCUUGCUAGAGACUGUAACGACACACAAGUGGAUCUGUGGAAUAGAAUCAAGAGAGAUGAUUACAUGGCUUAUGCUGUUAGGGAAUGCUAUUAUAGUAUUGAGAAGAUCUUACAUUCCAUAGUUGUUUGUGAUGGGAGACACUGGGUUGAGAGGGUCUACCAAGAAAUCAAUGGUAGCAUAAGGGAAGGUUCUCUUGUUCUAACCUUAUUGCUGAAGAAGAUCCCCUCUGUGCAAUCAAGAUUUACCGCGUUGACAGGGCUUUUGAUAAGGAACGAAACUCCCGAACUCGCAAGAGGUGCAGCGAAGGCUCUGUAUGAUUUUUAUGAUAUGGUGACACACGAACUAUUGUCACCUGAUCUCAGUGAUCAGAUUGAAUCAUGGAAAAUAUUAGUUGAUGCAAGAAAUGAAGGGCGCCUAUUUUCCAGGAUACAGUGGCCAAAGGAUCCAGAAAUUAAGGAGCUAGUGAAGAGACUGCACUUGCUACUUACAGUGAAAGAUACAGCAGCUAAUAUACCAAAAAACUUAGAAGCUAGGAGGCGUUUAGAAUUUUUUACCAAUUCACUAUUCAUGCACAUGCCUCCAGCAAGACCUGUGUCGGAAAUGAUGCCUUUCAGCGUAUUCACCCCAUACUACAGUGAGACAGUACUGUAUAGCUCUUCAGAUUUGCGGGUUGAAAAUGAGGAUGGAGUAUCUAUACUAUUCUAUCUCCAGAAGAUUUUUCCUGAUGAGUGGGAAAAUUUUUUGGAGCGGAUCAAUCGAGGAGAGUCUUCUGGUGAUGUAGAUUUUGAAGAAAGUUCUAGUGAUAACUUGGAGCUACGUUUCUGGGUUUCUUAUCGUGGACAGACAUUGGCUAGAACAGUGCGUGGAAUGAUGUACUACAGAAGAGCAUUAAUGCUUCAGAGUUAUAUGGAAAAAAGAGGAUUAAUAGAGGAGGACACAAGCUCACUAACAAAUCAGUCAUUUGAGGUAUCGAGUGAGGCACGGGCACAGGCAGAUCUGAAGUUCACAUAUGUUGUUUCGUGCCAAAUAUAUGGACAGCAAAGGCAGAGAAAAGCUCCCGAGGCUGCAGACAUUAACUUACUACUGCAGAGGAAUGAGGCACUUCGAGUUGCUUUUAUUCACCUAGAGGAAAGUACUGGACCUGAUGGUACUGCUUUGAAGGAGUAUUAUUCCAAGCUUGUCAAAGCAGAUGUACAUGGAAAAGAUCAGGAAAUAUAUUCAAUCAAGCUUCCUGGAAACCCAAAACUUGGUGAAGGAAAGCCUGAAAAUCAGAAUCAUGCAAUUGUUUUUACGCGUGGAGAAGCAAUUCAAACUAUUGAUAUGAAUCAGGAUAAUUACCUUGAGGAGGCAAUGAAAAUGAGAAACCUUCUUGCAGAAUUUCAUGCAAAACAUGGUAUCCGUCCUCCAACAAUUCUUGGUGUAAGGGAGCAUGUCUUCACAGGAAGUGUUUCUUCACUUGCUUGGUUUAUGUCCAAUCAAGAGACCAGCUUUGUGACAUUAGGUCAGCGAGUGCUGGCAAAACCUCUCAAAGUGCGUAUGCAUUAUGGACAUCCAGAUGUGUUUGAUCGUAUCUUCCACAUAUCUCGUGGAGGCAUUAGUAAGGCUUCACGUGUUAUUAACAUAAGCGAAGAUAUUUAUGCUGGUUUUAACUCUACCUUGCGUCAGGGAAAUAUCACUCACCAUGAGUAUAUACAGGUUGGUAAAGGAAGAGAUGUUGGGUUGAACCAAAUUGCUCUGUUUGAGGGUAAGGUUGCUGGAGGAAAUGGAGAGCAGGUCCUCAGUAGAGAUGUGUACAGGCUUGGGCAGCUUUUUGACUUCUUCAGAAUGCUUUCUUUCUACUUUACUACUGUGGGUUAUUAUGUGUGCACGAUGAUGACAGUUCUUACUAUAUACAUUUUCUUAUAUGGAAGGGUAUACCUGGCAUUCUCUGGACUUGAUGAAGGGAUUGCAAAAGAUGCCAGAAUUUAUGGAAGCUCAGCUUUGGAUGCAGUUCUAAAUGCCCAGUUCUUAGUUCAAAUUGGAGUUUUUACUGCUGUGCCAAUGAUAAUGGGAUUCAUACUAGAACUUGGAUUACUAAAGGCUAUCUUCAGUUUCAUUACUAUGCAGCUGCAGUUAUGUUCUGUCUUCUUCACAUUCUCAUUAGGAACAAGGACUCAUUACUUUGGUCGCACUAUUUUGCAUGGAGGUGCCAAAUAUAGGGCUACUGGUAGGGGAUUUGUUGUCCAGCAUAUCAAAUUUGCUGAGAACUACAGGCUUUACUCUAGAAGUCAUUUCAUUAAGGCGCUUGAAGUGGCAUUGCUGCUCACUAUUUACAUCGCAUAUGGCUACACAAAGGGUGGCGCUGUCUCUUUUGUGCUAUUGACUCUCAGCAGUUGGUUCCUUGUUAUCUCCUGGCUCUUUGCCCCUUACAUCUUUAAUCCCUCGGGCUUCGAGUGGCAAAAGACUGUGGAAGAUUUGGAUGACUGGGCCAGUUGGCUUCUAUACAAGGGUGGAGUUGGUAUAAAAGGAGAACAUAGCUGGGAAUCUUGGUGGGAUGAAGAACAGGUGCAUAUCCAUACUUGGAGGGGUUGUAUUCUGGAAACAAUUUUGAGCUUAAGGUUUUUCAUGUUUCAGUAUGGUAUUGUGUACAAACUCCAUGUUCUGAAAUCAAACACAUCACUGGCGCUAUAUGGCUUCUCCUGGAUUGUUCUAGCAGUCAUUGUCAUUAUAUUCAAGAUUUUCAGUUUUAGUCCCAAAAAGUAUGCUGGAUUCCAGUUAUGGAUGCGAUUUUUCCAGGGAGUCACUGCCUUGGGACUUGUGGCUGCCAUUGCCCUUGUUAUAAUCCUCACUGAUCUCACCAUUCCAGACUUGUUUGCCUGUGUCCUCGCAUUCAUUGCAACUGGAUGGGGAAUUCUUUGUCUUGCAAUUACUUGGAAGAAGCUGGUGAGAAGCAUAGGUUUGUGGGAUUCCAUCCGGGAGUUUGCUAGAAUGUACGAUGCUGGGAUGGGUAUGAUGAUCUUUGCCCCUAUUGCAGUUCUUUCUUGGUUCCCAUUUGUCUCAACCUUUCAGUCUCGGCUUCUCUUCAACCAAGCCUUUAGUCGAGGCCUCGAGAUCUCAAAGAUUCUUGCUGGUAACAAAGCCAAUGUUCAGAUAUGAGGAAUGGGAAUAUAUCAAGGUCUGCUGGAGCCUGGAAACAUUAUCAACUACUAUGUGGCUAAGCUGUAAGAUCAAAUUCCUCAUUGAGAACUGAUCAAGUGUUCAGACAUAGUGAAAGCGUCCUGGAUAUGGCUCCUGAUGGUUUAGCUUAGCAUCCUUGUACCAAUUUUGAACUCUAGCUUUUAUCUCUCAUUAUUUUAUUUUAUUUUUAUUUUGGUUGGGGAUGGGGAUUUGAUUCUGUAUAUGCCCAAAGAUACAGAUAUUUCAAUGAGAAGCAGUGACUUUUUUGUGGUCUUGUUUGAUCCUCUUAA